AUGGAUGCAGAAGAAAUUGCACGUUUAAGCGAUGCAAAAUUAAUUGAUUGCUACUUGAACCGUGUUGAUAAUCCUGGUAACAUAUUUAACUCUGAAAAUGUUCUCCUAAAUUACCUACCACACCUUUUCAUACAAAUAUUUCUCGUCGUAGUUGCAACUCGUGUGAUGUUUGGGAUCCUCAAACCCUUACAUCAACCUCAUUUUGUUGCUGAGCUUCUUGCUGGUUUUAUGAUAAACAUAUAUAUUCCCAUAAUGGAUGACACACCCUUUGGAAUGGCACUUUCUGCAAAGGGAAUCCUUGGAUUUGAGACAAUAUCACAAUUGGGUGUCAUCUACUAUGUCUUUGUCACUGGCUUAGAGAUGAAUUUAGACACAUUACUAAGAGCAAGAAAAAAAGCAUCAACUAUUGCAAUUGUUGGCACAAUUAUUCCAAUGAUAUUAGGAUUUGGAAUAUAUUUUUUGGUUGAAAAAUCAUUCAUAAAAAAUGGUGAAUUCAACAAAAUCUCAGCUUAUUUAUUAUGGUCAUUGGUAGUUACUAUCACAAGUUUUCCAGUUGUAGCUCACAUUCUUUCAGAUCUCAAGAUUCUCUAUACAGGACUUGGUAGAAUUGCAUUAACUUCAGCUACAAUUAAUGACUUUAUCAAUUGGGCAAUGUUUAUUUUUUUAAUACCAUUAAUUAUAAAUGGUAAAAGGGGUAUAGUAUCAGUAAUAUUAACCAUAGUUUUUAGUAAUUUUUGUUACUUUGUAUUACGUCCACCACUUAACAAAAUAUUAGAAGAAAAAACUGAAGAAAAUGAGUGGGAUUUGUACCAAUUAUCCUAUGUAUUAGUUGGUGUAAUUGCAUGUGCAACUGUGACUGAAUUUCUUGGUACACAUUCAGUUGUUGGAGCAUUGAUUUUUGGAUUAAUUCUUCCACGUGGCAAGUUUACAGAAAUGUUGAUUGAACAAUCAGAGGAUAUUGGAUCAGGGUAUUUAGCACCAUUGUUUUUUGCAAGUAUUGGUAUGAGAAGUAGAGUGGUUCCAAUUUUACAUGAAAAUUUAUUUUUGGCUAUAUAUAUUAUGAUCUUGUUAAUUUGUGCUAAGAUUGUGAGUGCUAUAAUUGCUACAAGGUUUUAUGGAAUGCCUAUUAGAGAUGGUAUGGCUCUUGGAGUGAUUAUGAAUACUAAAGGGAUCUUAUCAUUGAUUAUACUAAACAUUGGAUGGAGUAGAAAGGUUGUGAGUGGAGAGGCAUUUACAAUUAUGGUGUUCAGUAUAUUUUUUAUGACAGUUGUAGUGGCUCCAGUCAUCAAUGUAAUGUACAAACCAAGAGUGACAUAUGAGCAAAACAAGUUAAGGACAAUAGAGAAUUUGAAAGUUGAUUCUGAGAUUAGAGUUAUGGCUUGUGUACACAAUGUUCGCCAAGCCAAUGGAAUGAUCCACAUUCUUGAAGCUUGGAAUGGCACAAAUGUUUCGCCUUUACGCGUUUUCGGACUUCAACUUGUCGAACGCAAAGGACGUGCAACUGCGCUUCUUGUUGCACAAAUAGACCAACAACAACAGUCUAGUUCCCUCCAAAAUGGUUUACAAAGCGGAGAUCAAUUAUCCGAAAAAAAUAAUUACUCAUCCAACCAUAUCAACAAUGUAUUUGAAGAAUACUCAACCAACAAUGCUAACACACUUGUGGAAAAUCUUGUUGCUAUGUCGUCUUACUCAACAAUUCAUAAAGAUAUAUACAAUUUAGCGUUGCAGAAACAAGCGUCGUUGGUUAUACUUCCUUUUCACAAACAAAACACUGCGGAAGGUACUCUUGAGGUAACCGAUCCCGGCUUCAAAGUCAUAAACCAAAAUGUGAUGCAAGAUGCACCUUGUUCGGUUGGAAUAUUUGUUGACCGAGGUCACCACACAUCGUUGUUCAAGACAAAAAUGCGUAUUCUUAUGAUUUUCAUUGGUGGACCAGAUGACAGGGAAGCGUUAGCAAUUGCUUGGAGAAUGUCAAAGCAUCCGUGGACAAGGCUUACCAUGGUGAGGAUUCUUUUGUGUGGUAAAGUGGCCGAGGUUGACUCGAAGGGGUAUAGUGAAGGAGGAGGACUAUUAUCUACUAUUUUAGAUACCGAAAAGCAAAAAGAGUUGGAUGAAGAGUAUGUUAAUUCGUUUCGACUUACGGCAGUAAACAAUGAAGAUACUAUAACUUAUGCUGAAAGAGAAGUGCAUACCGGUGAAGAUAUUUCGGAAUUGCUUAAUGAAUUGGACAAGGUAGGUUAUGAUUUACAUAUUUUAGGUUAUGGAAGAGGAAGAAACUCUUUGGUUUUGACAAAUUUGUUGGAAUGGGCUGAUUGUCCUGAACUUGGUGUUAUCGGUGACAUGUUAGCAUCAAAUAGUUUUGGUUCAAAUUCUUCAAUAUUUGUUGUACAACAAUAUGGAUUUGGAGCAGUGGACUUCAAAAAAAGUCAUUGUAUUAAAGCAAAGUGUCAAAAUGAUGAUGAUAUUGAAGCACUUUUCCCAAAGGCAGAAUGA